AUGGUGUGCUCGUACUCCAGCCGUAUCCUCACCGGCUUGACGCUCACCAAUAACCAAGAGGCAGUAGAUGAUAAAGGUACAAGAGCUCUCUGUGUUAGCCAGGGUGACGCCUCAGGACGAGUGUUUAGAAAGGGGAAUAAUUCAUGUGUGUUUGUGUAUGGGUUCGUGUUUGUGUAUGGGUUCGUGUUUGUGUAUGGGUUCGUGUUUGUGUAUGGGUUCGUGUUUGUGUAUGUCGUGUUUGUGUAUGGGUUCGUGUUUGUGUAUGGGUUCGUGUUUGUGUUUGGGUUCGUGUUUGUGUAUGGGUUCGUGUUUGUGUAUGGAUUCGUGUUUGUGUAUGGGUUCGUGUUUGUGUAUGGGUUGUUUGUGUAUGGGUUCGUGUUUGUGUAUGGAUUCGUGUUUGUGUGUAUGGGUUCGUGUUUGUAUGGGUUCGUGUUUGUGUAUGGGUUCGUGUUUGUAUGGGUUCGUGUUUGUAUGGGUUCGUAUUUGUGUAUGGGUUCGUGUUUGUAUGGGUUCGUAUUUGUGUAUGGGUUCGUGUUUGUGUAUGGGUUCGUAUUUGUGUAUGGGUUCGUAUUUGUAUGGGUUCGUGUUUGUGUAUGGGUUCAUGUUGUGUAUGGAUUCGUGUUUGUUUAUGGGUUCGUGUUUGUGUAUGGGUUUCGUGUUUGUGUAUGGUUCGUGUUUGUGUAUGGGUUCGUGUUUGUAUAUGGGUUCGUGUUUGUGUAUGGGUUCGUGUUUGUGUAUGGGUUCGUGUUUGUGUAUGGGUUCGUGUUUGUGUAUGGGUUCGUGUUGUAUAUGGGUUCGUGUUUGUGUAUGGGUUCAUUUGUGUAUGGGUUCGUAUUUGUGUAUGGGUUCGUGUUUGUAUAUGGGUUCGUGUUUGUGUAUGGGUUCGUGUUUGUGUAUGGGUUCGUGUUUUAUAUGGGUUCAUGGUUCGUGUUUGUGUAUGGGUUCGUGUUUGUGUAUGGGUUCGUGUUUGUGUAUGGGUUCGUGUUUGUGUAUGGGUUCGUGUUUGUGUAUGGGUUUGGGAUUAGGUAUUCCCUAAAGGCUAAGGCCAUGUUAUAUUUUGGUUCUGGGUCCCUGGGAGUACGGUCGAUGACAUUACGGUCAGGAGCUGUGGGCGAGAACAAGACAAGUGACCUUUAUUAG